AUGCAUUUUGAGGCAACAAUUGAGCAUGCUAAAACCCUAGACGAUAAGACAAUUGAAAGCACAGAUAUUUUAUUUAGACACUCUCAUUUAUUAAAAUUAAGUAAUGAUGUAUCGUUAAUUGAAUGUAAAUAUGAUAUGGCUAGUUGCUCUAAAAAUAAAAUUAAUAUGUCCCCGCAAAAAAAAAUACUUUCGAUAAAUUAUGAACCAGCUAGCCAAAUGCAAGAAUAUUUUGAAAAAAAUAAAAAAAUAAGUAAAAGGAAAAAUAAUGAUAAUAAUAAUAUUAGUGAGGAUCAUAGCGAAAAUAAUGAUGACAUGAGUGUGUGCAAAUCAGAUCGGGGCUACGAAACUGAACAUUCUUACUUAAUAAUAGAAGACAACAAUUAUUCAAAGGAAAAUUUUAACAAUAAAAAAAAUGAAGAACAUGCACAUUUUGAAGAAUUAAAAAAUGUACUAGAAACAAAUAAUGACAAUGCAUCAAAUCAAAUCACACAGCUUUCGGAUAAUAAAGUCAAAAAUAAAUUAAAAGAAAAAGAAAAUUAUUUCAUAUCAAGUGAAAAUAAAAGUUCAUCAUUUCAUAAUGUAAGAUAUUCGAGCUAUAAUAGCAGUCAAAGUAGUAAUAGAAAUUAUAGCUGUGAUAUUAACUGUUCAUACAAAAAUGAAUUAAAUUAUGAAUAUAAUAGAGAAAGUUUCUUAACACAUAAAGAAUUUUCAUCAUUUAAAAAUGGAGAAAUUUCAGAUAAGACGGAUAAAAAACCAUCUAUUAUAAUAUAUAGUUUAGAUGAUUCUUUAAAUACAAAUAUACAGCUAGGGGAUUCAGAAAAUAAUAUUAAAUCUGAAUAUAUAUGUGAAAAAAGUGAUGAAGAAAUAAAGAAAUCCCUAAAAUUGAAUUAUAAUAAAAAUUGCAAUCAGAGUAUUUUGAGUCAUGAUAGUGUGCCAACAAACGAGAAAGACGAAAUUGGAAAUAAAACUGAAAAAAAUAUUUUUCAAUUACUGAACGCAGAGACAGAAAAAAUAAAAGAGCAUGAUGAAUUAAAUUUGUUUAAUCAAAAAAAUGACGAUUUGCACAAAUAUGAUGAAAUAAAUGAACCUAGUUAUAGUAGUUUUUAUGAAAAUGAUGGAAAAUACAAAAAUAUGGGAAAAAAUAAAAAAAAGUAUAAACAAAAUUUAGUCUUAUUUAACAAAAUUUUAAAAUACAAAGAUCAACUAAUUGAUGCUUAUAGUAAUAUAUCAAUGGAAAGCGAAAGCAUAUCUUUACAAGAUGAACAAAAUUGUUAUGUAAUAAAAGAAAUAGACCAAAUAAUUGAAAGUAAUAUAAGUAAUAAUAGUUCUAGAAAAGAAACCCCAAAUGUUACAAAUAAUAUUAAUAGAAAUAAGAUUAGCAAUAACAGUAAUAAUAGUUCUAUAAAAGAAAGCAACAAUUUAUGGAAUAAAAAUAUAACAAAAAAAGAAAGAAAUAUCUCUAAAAAUACUAAUUCUGAAAUGAUUGCCGAAUUUAAUAAAUACGAACCAGGAUUAUUAAGAAGUAAUGAUGAUUUAUCCUUAGGUCAUGAACUUUUAUUAAAUUCUAUGAAUAAAAAUGAAAGUCAUAAAAUAGAAUAUUUUGAUAAUAUUGUUGAUAAAAAGACAGAAAUAAAUAAUGAAAAUAAAAUGAAUGUACAAAAUAUUUUAGAUAUUAAUCAAGAAAAAGAAAAAGAUAUAAAAAUGAAAAUAGUUAUAAAUAUAAAAAAUAUUUAUUUUACAAAAUAUAAACAUAUUAAAUGUGUUGUAACAAAUAAUUCAGGAGUUAUAAUAAACUCAUUUAAUUUUUACAAAAACCAAAUCAAAUUAGAUCAAGAAAAUAGUUUUAUAAAAAUAUAUAACAAAAAUAAAUUAAAUGACAAUUUAUUAAAACAAGAAGACAUACAUAUCUUAUUAGAAGAAUUACAAAAUAUGCUCUCAACAAAUAUAAGUUUUGAACUUCUAUUUGAUGCAAAAUUAUUUGGUGAAAAACUCAUUAUAUCUGAAUCAGCUUUUUACAGACUAAGCUUUUACGGAAUCGAGAAAGUUGACACAGGAAAAAAAACGUCGAAUCAAUUUAAGAGUGAAAAAGAUAAGAUAAAUGAUCAAAGUGAAGAAAAUGAAAAAUACGAAAAAAGUUUGUAUAUAGGAUUCACCAUAUUGCAUAUUAAAUAUAUAUUUCAAAUUCAAGAAGAAGGAUUCCUCCAUUUGAAUAUAUCUGAGAAAAAAACUGAUGAAUUAUCUCAAAAAAUUGAUGAAAAAUAUGAAGAAGAUUCAUAUUCGUUAAAUUGUAAAAUAAAUAAUAAAACUCAUUCUAGUAAUUUAACUUAUGUUGAUAGAAUAGGUUUUGUUUUUAAAACGUUGUUUAAUCAUAGUUUGAAUAUUACUAGUCCUAAAAUAUUUAUAAAAUAUAAUUUUGAAAAAAUAAAAGAUGAAUAUUCUAGAGGUGUAAUGAAUAAUCAGAAUAAGAAUUUUAGAAAAAGCGAAUUUAAUAAAAUGUGUAAAAAAAAAACAGAAGAAAAUUUUGAAAAUAUAGAAAAUUAUGAAAGCUCACAAAAUAAUAAAUCAUGUAAAAAAAAUGAAAUACAUAAUAUGAAUUAUGGAUUUAAAAAAAUAUUUCAGAUUUUAGAAAAAAACAAAAAUAAUCCAACUUGUAAAUAUAGUAAGAAAAAUAUAGAAGAAUUGUUAAAAUUGUAUUAUCAAAUAUGUUUGAAAAAAUCAUAUAACAAUUCUUUAUUUUAUGAUACUCAUAAUAGUGAAAAAGAUGAAAUAGAUUUGUCUAAAAUUUGCAAUGUUAUGGAAUUUGAUAAUGGUUCACAUUUUGUAAAAGAAAAAAAAUAUAUUCCAAAAUGUGGAGGAAUAAAAAACUUUACAGAAGAAAACAGUUUAACAAGUGAUGAAAUAGAAAAAAUAAAUAUAAUAGACAAAACAAAUGACUUAGAUUGUGUAAAAGAAAUGUAUCUAAAUUUGUAUAAAAACAAUAAGGAAAACAUAAAAAUAAUAAAAAGGCUAAAAAAUAUAAUUAUCAAAUAUACUUAUGGAAUAAAUAAUUAUUUUGAUUUUAUUGAGUUUUCUAAAUGCAAUAAUAAAAUGUAUAAUAUAUAUGAAGAAAAUAAAAAAUUAAAAAAAUAUAUAAUAGAAUCAAACAGCUUUUUUGUUGAAAAUAUAGUUCAUACUUAUAACGAAAUAUCAAAAUUAAAACAUAGUAAUAAGACAAUAAAUAUUUUAUAUAAUAAAGAAAAAACAAAUAACAAUUUAGACAAAAAUAUUCAUAUAUGCACAAAUUUAAAUGAACAAAAUCCAUUUUUAAAAAACUUUACAAAAAGUAAUAACAGCAAAAUAAUUAACAAAGAACGUGAUAAACAAUCUAAUUCAAACGAAAUUUAUAAACAUAUUUCAGAAUCUAAAAUUCGAAAAAAAAAUAAUAAUAUAGAACAAGUCCAAACAAAAAUAAAAAAUUGUGAAAAAAUACCUUUAUUUAAUUUGUCAAAUAAAAAAGAAAAAGAUUCAAAUUAUUAUUUUGAAGCUAUUAAUAAAAGAUAUGAAUAUUGUAGAAGCACAAUAGGCUGUUUCGGUAGUUCUGAAAAAAAUAAGUUAUUAUAUAAUUCGAACAAAAUUAAUUUAGAUUAUCGACAUGAUAAAGAACUAAAUAAGCGAGUACAAAGUGAAACAACUCAGAACCACAAUAUUGAUGAUAAGUUUAACUUUUCUAAUAUUAAUAAAUGUGUUAUAAUUGAUAAAGACAAUAUAAAAAAUAAAACCACAACCAACUGUGAUUCAAAACAAACUCAUAAUAUUAUCGAAGAACAAUUUAAUGAGUCCAAAUGUGAUAAAAUAAAAUAUUUAAAAAAAGAAAGCAAAACAAAUUUAAGCAAAACAAAUUUAAGCAAAACAAAUUUAAGCAAAAUAAAUUUAAACAAAAUAAAUUUAAACAAAAUAAAUUUAAACAAAAUAAAUUUAAACAAAAUAAAUUUAAACAAAAUAAAUUUAAACAAAAAUAAUAUGACACUCCAUAGUUCUACAUCUCGUGAUAACAUGCAAAUAAAAAAUAAAUUAUACAUGUUGAAAAAAACAAAAAAAAAUGAAAUACUUUCAUCUAGUAAUUUAACUAAUCAAUGUGUUUUAUCUGAAUCGUCAAACAAAUUAACAAAUCAAAACAUAGUUAACAAAAAAAAUAAUUUUAUUUUAUCAAAAAAUGGUGGUAAUUCUAGAAAUAAAUCUGUUGUAAAUUCUUCAAAUAAUAUAGAUACACACAAAAAAGAAAACCGUGGUUGCUCUAUCAAUAAAGCUAAAAAUGAUUAUCUUUAUUCUGAGCAAAUAAAAAAAAUAGUAACAUCAACUAUUUCAAAUAAAAAAAAAAAUGAAAUAAAUCGUAAUCUUUUUGCAAAAAUAAAAAAUAAUGAUACUAGUGAAGUUUUAAAAAAAGAAUAUUUUCAAAGUAAUGGCGCACAUCACAUUUCUAAAAGGGAUAGCUUAUUGAGUUCGAACAAAAAGAUCGAUGAAAAUAAAAUAAAAAAAAGCAACAAAAUGUGGGGAAAGGUUUCGCAUUUAAACGCGAUGUAUACCGAAAAGGGAAUUAAUAACUUUUCAAAUAUGAGUAAUGAACAAAUAAUGAAUGUUAAUAAAGUUAAUAAAAUUGGAGAAAGUGAAAACUGUAAUAAUAUAUACAAAGAAAUAAAUGUCUUAAAUGAAGAUAUAAAUAAUGUGAAUUAUAAAAAAAAAUAUAUAGAAAAUUUAAUAUCAUCUUAUAACAAUUAUAUCCCAAAUGAAAUAAAAAAAAAUAAAAUAAUAAAUUCAAAUUAUUCCAAUAAUAAAAAAAUAAAUAUUAUGUCUGAAAUACAGACAAAAGAAAAGCACCCAUGUCCUGAUAUAAAAGCUAUCAUAAAAAUAAUUGACUUAAAUUUAACAACACAAACUGAAAAAAAUAAUAAAAGAAAUAAUUCAAUACACAUAAAUUCGAAUAAUAAUAUGAAUAUAAGUAAAGAAAACAGUUUAAAUGAUAUACAAUAUAAUAACUCUUUAAAUUCACGAAAAAUAACAAAUUUAUCAAAUUGUAAUUUUGUCCAUAUACCUAAAAAUACAAAUAAUAAAAAUAAGGAAACAUAUAUUUUAGAUACUAUAAACAAAAAUAUUGAUAAUUCAUUUAGUCAAUUAAAUAAAAUAAAAAAAAAAGUUCAAGAUAAUUUCCUCACUUAA